CCACACCCCACUCCACACACACCUUGUUUCACUCCAAGCUUAAGCCAGGGAAGAUGGUGUCUCUCACGGAGUUUCAGAAGAUCGGCGUCGGUCUUGUGGGCUUUGGCCUAUUUUUCAUCUUUUUUGGGGUACUCUUGUACUUUGACUCAGUGCUGCUGGCCUUUGGAAACCUCCUGUUCCUUUCUGGCUUGGCCAUUAUCAUCGGACUGAGAAGGACUUUCAACUUCUUCUUCCAGAGGGAAAAGCUAAAGGGCACCAGCUUCUUCCUGGGAGGCAUUCUCAUUGUGCUCCUGAGAUGGCCUCUUCUGGGCAUGUUGCUGGAGACCUAUGGCUUCAUCACCCUUUUCAGGGAUUUUUUCCCAGUAGUCUUUGGAUUUCUGGGAGCUUUGGGAAAUAUUCCACUGCUGAGCAAGCUAUUCCAGAAACUAGGAGACACCAGCUCCUUGGUAUGACCUGGAAGAGUUUCCAACAGCUAGUGGAGAUAACGUCACCCGCUUUAGACACCCGCAUCUGUGGGCAGCCGGCUCUCAUUGCACAGACACUAAUCUGCGGUCUCUCCAAGCCAAGAGUCACCUGGACUGGACACGCUCUUUUAUUGUGUGAAGGAAGCCGCUUGGAGCCAACAGAUCCUGCUACCAAUUAACCCAAAAAUCCAAGCCUUGCUAUCAGAUUGCUCCCAAUCGGAUAGAUCUGGCUGAGAUUCUCACCUUCCCAUGCGCUACACUGGAAUGAAUGAGUUUCCCAAGCCAGAUGGUUGUGCAAGUUGUUGAUUUACUCUUUUGUCAUGUUCUCAUGAGAGUGAAAUUGUAUGUGGAUUAAAAAGCAUGUCUGAGAUAAUAUUGCAUCCCAGUCCCAUUAGAGCAGUGGUUCCCAAACUUUAACAACCUGUGAACCCUAUUCACUAAAAUGUCAAGUCUCACAAACCCCCUCCUAAAAAUGAAUAUUUCCAGGGAUUUUCUCCUUUACCUGA